AUGUGGCCGUUGGAAGAUGCUUGUUCGCCGUGCUGCCACGUUGUUGACGAGGAGUCCGGAUCAGAGGAGAUGGACUCGAGCCUCUACCUUUGCAAGAGGAGGCGUGCCUACUGCACGCCGCGGGCAGAUACUGAGGAGGAAUCGCAGCUGCCGACAGCAACCAGUUCCGAUGGAGCGGGCCGCACCCUUCUCGAGGCAUUGUCAACGAAGCCAAGGUCAGAUCCGCAUCUGCCCCUGGGCAGCGACGGGGAGGCCUUGCUUCAAAUCCGCAGAGCCCGUGCGUACCAGGGUGAGGGCUGUGCAAAAGCGUUGGCAGCAGAGUUCCUUGCGAAGGCGCCGAUGGCGUAG